AUGGCGUACGUAGCCGUCGCAAAGGCUUUAUACGAGUAUACUGCUCAAGAUCCAGAAACAGAACUUUCUUUCCAGGAAGAUCAAAUAUUCUAUAUCAUAGAAAAGGAAGAUGAUGAUUGGUGGAAAGCAAAAGCAAAAGAUGAUCAAGGUGCUGCAGAAGAUGUUGUGGGGCUAGUACCUGCGUCAUAUGUUGAAGAAAUACCCCCCGUCAGUAAUACCCGAGCGUUAUUUGCAUAUGAGUCGACUUCGCCCGAAGAGUUAUCUAUGGAUGAUGAGGCUUCGCUACUUGUCUACUCUGCGGAGGAUGACUGGCUUCUCGUUCGUGUUGAAGGUGCAGAUGCGAGGCUCGGUUUCGUCCCUAGAAACUAUUGCGAACCAUUAGAUUCUACACAUGAAGUCGAAGUCGCCGAUGCAGCCGACACUGCCGCAGAGAUAGAAGCCACGAGACAAGCUGAAAAAGACAAGGAAAUCGCUGAGAAACAAAGACAACUCAAACUGAAAGAUAAAGUGGAGACUUGGAGCAUAAGUGAAUUAGAAGGGAAAAAGAAGAAGAAGGGUACUUUGGGUGUAGGAAAUGCAGCAGUCUUCUUUGCUUCUGAUACUGACAAGUCCGCCCCUGUCAAACAAUAUCCUAUCACCGACCUCACUACUGUAUCUCAACCAUCCUCCAAAACCCUGACCUUAUCUUUCGCUACUCUAGGACAACCAUUACAAUUCCAUUGCGGAGGAUCCGACACCACGAAAGCCAUCUUAGCCAAACUUGAAAGUAGUAAAGCUGCUGCAGGAGAAGCUCUUGAACUAAUAAAUGAAGCUCGUUCCGGAGGCUAUUCGUCCGCCGAAGAAGACUUACCUCCUCCUAUACGAAUCGUUCCCGCGUCAUCUUCCCCUGCUACCACCGAACCAAGAGGAGUCAGAUUCGCACCUGAACCUGCUGCAUCAGCUACGGCGACUGUUCAAUACGACUUUGAUGCUGAUGGCGACGACGAGUUGACUGUUCAAGAUGGUGAAAUCGUUACUGUCCUCGAUAAAGAGAACGAUGAAUGGUGGCUUGUUCGCAAUGCCAGAGGGAAAGAAGGUGUUGUCCCCGCCGCCUAUGUUCAACUCAAUGAUGGAUCUGCUCCUCAAGCUCAAGAUGAUCAACCCGAUAGUGAGGAUGAAAGAGAAAGAGAAGCUCAAGCUGCCGCUAAUCUCGAUGUUGAGAGGAAAAGACAAGCUCAAGCCGCUUCUGAAGAAAGAAGGCGAAUUCAGGCGGCUGCUGAAGCUAGAAGGGACCAAGAGGAGGAAGAUAGACGAUUAGCACAGGCUAUUGAAGAGGAACAGAGAGAAAAAGCGGCUAGGAAAGCUCUCAAGAGACAAGAAGAAGAAAGGAGAAGGCGAGAUUCUGAGGCUGAAUCUGCGCGAGAAAGAGCUCGAAGUGGUGGUUUGGCACCCCCUAAGAUCACGAAACGACCUUCCAACAACGACGUCGCCGCUGCCGCGAACAAGCUGCCAACUCGGAACCAUGCGGCACCAGCUAGGCCACCUGAGAAUAAUAGACCAAAACCCAAUUCUGGCAAAAUCCGUAUGUGGAGUGAUAAGUCUGGUCAGUUCAAUGUCGAGGCGGAAUAUCUCGGUCUCAACGGUAACAAGAUCCGACUACAUAAGCUCAACGGGGUUAUUAUCGAAGUACCUGUGGAGAAAAUGUCAAGUCGAGACGUAGAGUUAAUCAGACGACAUGAGGCGAAGAAGAGAGCUGCGACUAUGGAUGAAGAUGAUGUACCACUUGGCCAAUCCAGUCGACGAAAUGGAAGUGGAACUCCACCCACCCGAUCUACGGAAAGUGCGAGAAGAGCCGCUCCAGUUGAGGAACCAAUCCCGCCAGAAGCUAUGGUUCAGCCCCCACCCAGAAAACCUCGUUUCGAUUGGUUCGAGUUUUUCUUAUCUGCUGGAUGUGAUAUGGACGACUGUACAAGAUACGCAUCGAACUUUGAUCGAGAUAGAAUCGAUGAAGCUAUUUUACCUGAUCUGGAAAGUAGUACACUGAGGACGUUGGGUUUAAAAGAAGGUGAUGUCAUCCGAGUUAGAAAAGCUAUUACCAACAGAUUCGCCAAAAAGACUCCUGAACAACAAACUCAAAUUGAUCUAGAUGCCGAGUACGCCAAGCAGCUACAGGAAUUCGAGAACGGCGGUAGAAAAGGUUCGGCACCUCAACCACCUCCUGGGUUAUUCACCAACCCAGAUGGCAAAUUGGCCAACAAUACUAGAAGGGGUAGACCGGAAAAGAAGAGUACUGGACCUGAAUCGGUUGAUGCUUCAGCUCUUGCAGCUGCUUCGGAACGACUAGCGAGUGCAAGGAUUCCUACACCUCCUCGUGAACCUAGUCCUCCACCAGCACCACCCUCCCCACCACCUGUUGAAGUAAAGAAAGCUCCUCUCAUCGCUGGUUUCGAUGACGACGCUUGGACUAUUAAGCCUACUUCCAAACCAGCUUCUCCUGCUCCACCACCUCCGCCAGCUCCUCCGGUUGCUCAGGCUGCACCUGCUCCAGCCAACACUACGGAAUCAUUAUUGGCCCAAAUCAACGCGCUCCGACCUGCGAGCACUGGUGUUACACAGAACAAUACUGGUGGUUCUGCAUCUUUCGAUCGAGUAUCACAAAUGGUCGGUCAGGCUCGCGCGCCUUCUGCUCCUGCUCAAGGCUACGGUCUAGGUGUACAGAACACCGGUCAACCUAUGAACCAACUCUACAAUCAACAGACAGGGUUCCAGCAACAACAGUCGCCUCAGCAAACUGGUCCAAGAGGUCCUCUAGCUCCUGUACCUGCCAAUCAAGGAUUGCUAAACCCUAUGCAACCUCAAGCGACGGGAAUGUUUAUCCCUACGAGAGGAAUGUCACCUAUGAGCUCGCAACAAACCGGAUUCCCCCAACAGCAAAUGUCCAUGCAACAAACUGGUUUCCCUCAACAGCAAAUGAUGGCUCAACCUACAGGAUACCAAGCAGGUUUCCAACAGGGCUAUGGUGGUCAGCCCCAGCAAAUGGCAAUGCAACCGAACUUCACUGGAUACCCCGGUGGAAUGCAACAACAACAAACUUCCUUCAACGCAAUUGCUAAUAUGCCACCUCCACAACCUCAACAAGGAGAUCAGAAUAAAUUUGCUCCUUCGAAUAUCUUCGCAGCUAUGAAGAAACCAGACUUUGCUAAACCCGAAGAACAACAACCUCAACAAUCUAAUAAAUACGACGCUCUUCGACCACUCACAACGGGAUAUAACGGUGCACCGGGCCAAAUGAUGCCGCAACAAACUGGUUUCGGAGGUGGUAUGAUGCCCCAGCAGACUGGAUUUAACGGUGGAAUGAUGCCAAAUAUGACUGGAUAUAAUCCUGGAAUGAUGGGAAACGGUUAUAUGGGACAAGGUCAACAACAAAAUCCUUAUGGCUAUAGGUAA